AUGUUACGUCGUUCCUUUAGUCAGCUCUUUCCCAUCACAGGGACCUGUGUGCCCUCAAACUUGCAUUCUUCGACCGAUAUCGCAUUUUUCUUCCCUCGUUUUCAGCCCGCUACACACGUGAGCGCGAUGGGGAUUCCAGAAAUUCAAGACGCCCUACACGCGCUCCAUCCCGAUCAGGCCUCUUUAUCCGUUUCCGUUCCAAGACUAACGAUCCCAGAAGGGCAGAUGGAGAUUUGUACGCGAUGGACAACGGCAGCUGUGCGUCCAGGGAUGCUAAACGAUACACCGCAGCAGCUCGCCCAGCGCCUUCGUGACCGUGAGAAAGGUUUAAUUCUCUUGGAGCGUGGGAUCGAUAUUUUAGAGAAUCUCGGCGGCCUCAAAACGCCCGUGGGCUCGAUUGCGCAAACUCUUCGCGCCCUCUAUGCCGUUCGUUUUGAGCUGCUCAAUGGUACCGAGCACCUCCCGCGGCCGGAGUAUGCGAAGCAUCUGCACGUGCAAAAGAUGAUUCUUCGCCAGUCAGCGCGUCUGCUGUACUACAACGAAAAUUGGGAUCGCAGCGAUCUUCACCAGCUAGAUACGGCGUGCGUGAUUUUAGCACACUUUAUCAAGGCAUUUUGCGCGCUUCAUCAGAAACCGUUUCAUAAGUCACCGCAGCCCGUUUCGUCUUCGAACAUUAUAGGGAAAAAGGCGGCAUCGUCAGAAAAGAACCCCGACGCGGUAGCGCCAAAGCGGAGUAAACCAAGCGUACGAGACUGGCAGCUAUGUGUAAACGAUCCUGAACAUCCAGAGGCAGUAUUGACGUUACCAAUGGUGAUGAAAUACUUGGAUGAAUGCAUAAUUCUUUCCAAGGAAACGUACAAAAAACACGGAGACGCGACUCCAAAUUUACGUUGGCUUCCGCCAAAGCUUUACGUUCUCAAGGCCUUGCUAAACAUUCCUUUGACUGGAAACCUUUUUUUCUCCUCGCAGUAUGUUGACAAAGCCUUACAGAUUGUGGAUGAGAUGACGAGUCGUCCAACUCCAUUACUUAAUGCCCUGAAUGAUUGUCAGCAGGAGCCUGAAACAGGACUCUUUAUGUUAAUAAAAGCAGAGCUUAAUGAGCGAAUCUUUGACUGGGACCUUUCCCCUGGGGAGGUCGAUACCGUCAUUCUGCAGGAAUUCACGCAGGCGUCAAAUUUUUUUUCCACGCCAUUCGAAUCCAGCAUCAACGCCGAUGGGAUCCUCUCCGCCGCGCAUGUCCAUGAACGGUGGUAUGAAACUCAGGCCUACGCGACCUCCCUUGGAAGUUAUGCUACUUUCUUAUUGAAUGCGCCUCGCCCAUUGACGACGAGCUCGCGCGAUGCUGCCGUCUUCCUGCCCAAACAAACUUUUGAUAUAAACCCGCUGCGAGUGGUAGAGUCAUCAUCAGAUGUUAUUUACUCGGAUGUCAAAGAUCCGAUUAAGUUCUCGAUUGAAAAGUGUCGGCGCCUGACUGGUGAGGCCUUUGAUCGUGCGCUGAAAGUGAAUCGAAUGGUCUUUUCUGAGUACAAAAACAACGCUCAGGCAGGCUGGAUUUUACUUGGAAUGGCCUGCAUGUACGCGGACAUGCGAGAUUACCUUUACGCCACGGGGCUUUUUGAGUCUGCGGGGAAGUGCAUCGAGCAGAACUACGGGGCGACGUCAAUGGAGAUGGGAUUAAUGCAAAAACUACGGUAUGAAUUUCUCGCCGGGGUGGGGUCGGAGGAGGAAGCAAAAGGGGCUUCGCACAGUGUGAUCCGCCUCCUAAAAGGGCUGGAUUCACUUCCUUGUUAA